AGUUCUGUCGUUACUCGUUCGCGAAUUCAGUUGAGUUUUUACUGCUGCGGAGCAAACCGACUGAAUUUUAGUUUUAUUGUUGCGAAAAGAAUUUGAAAAAUUGUCAAAAAUCCAAGAGAAAUGUAAAAAUUAUAUAGAUAAAAACCAAAAUAAUAAAAAAAAACGAACUUUAAUUGAAAAAAGUUUGCCCGGCAAAAUACAAUGUUUUCAACAAAUAUCUAAAUUGAUGUGCAAUUAAAUAUCGUUGGAAAAUUUAUUAAUGCAAAAAAAGGCGCAAAAAACAUGUACUCGAAGAAAAACAAUGUUUGAUUCGAAAGAUGUUGAUGGUUAUAAUCGUCGGCGUUUAAAAUGGUGAUUGAACGAUCACUGCAAAAGCAGGAAAGUGUCAAGUGCCAAUAAACAAACGAACGAGAUAUAUGUGAACUGGGAAUUUGUUAGCUUACAAAUUUACAUCAGUAACUAAAAAAAAAAAGAAACACAAACAAUUCACCUUAAGCGAGAAGAACUAUAGAAAGUAUACUAUAAUAAAAGGUAUAAAAAGCCGAAAGUGGUCGGCCUACCUUUGCGACUUCUGACACAAAAUGCACUCAAUCGUAAUCGGCAAAAACACUUUAAUUCAGUUGGAAAAUUUUGUAAUUGCGUGGAAGCGAUUUCAAAGAGUGCAGCCAUUUCUAAUAAAACUUCAGGAAACCAGCCGAAUCAAGCAAGGUACCCAGGCUUGGAAAGUUGUAAAGCUUUCUUCUAAUGUCACCCCUGGUGCAGCGCAACUAUCUGCAACAGUGAAAAGUGGUGGUGUUUUGAAAAUAAGUAAACAAUUCGUGGCAAAGUCUUAUGUCCCCCCACUAAAUGUAGCGGCGUUUGCAAACUUUGUCAAACUCAUCUAUUUUCAUCAUUAACUUAUUACAAAUAAACUUGACUUUUCAUUGCAAAAUUUAUAACAAUUGUAACAGCAAAUAAGCUAACCCAUCUAUACCUAUACCAAGUGAAAAAGUGCGUAUAAUAAUACGCGUAUAAGGCUAUUUAAUACCAAAACAAGAAGCAUAACAACGACGUCUGAAUGAUGGCAGAUCAUAUGGAUGAACCUCCGCAAAAGCGGACUAAAAUGGAUCCGACGGACUACGUCUCCGUUUUGGAAGAUGAUCUGCCAGAUGAACUUGUUACUGGUAACAGCAAUUGGCCAGAUCCUCUUAGCAGCGGUGGAGGACCUGGCGGUCCAGGAUCUGGCCUUGGAGUCAAUGUGGUUGGCGGUCCUAAUAAACCACCUGCACAAGGCCCUGGGCCAGGUGGACCGCAAAUUAAUGGUGGCGGCGAAGAUUCCACUGGUGUGGGCGGCAAUCAAGUCGGCGGUAAUCCUUUACGUCAAAUGCAACAUCAUCAACAUCUGCAACAAUUAUUGCAGCAACAAGGUAACAAGAACAUGGGUAUGAUAGGUAAUCCUAUGGGCGGAGCUGGAAUGAACCAAUUGGGUAGUAAAUCACCUAACUUGCAAUCACCAAACGCAGCUGGCAUGCAAGUAGUUGGUGGUCAAAUGGGCAUGGUCAAUUCGAUGGCGAUGUCUAUUUCUAAUAAUGGCGCUCAAGGAAUGAAUACGAUGCCCGGCAUGAAUACAAUUGCUCAAGGCAAUAUUGGAGGUAUGGUGAUCACCAAUAGUAAUUUGGGUGGUCUUGGUGGCAAUGCGGGAAUGGUGAACACAUUGAAACAACAAAUAGGCGCUGGAGCUGGCGGUAUGAUGAGCGCAGGGCCAGGCGGUGUGGGACCUGUUGGAAAUAUGGGUCCGGUCGGGGGUCCUAACCAAGGAAUGCAUUUAGGUGGCGGCCCCGGUCAUCCACAGGGUCUACAAAAUGGGCCGAUGAUGGGCAGAAUGGUCGGACAACAUAUGUUACGUGGUCCCAGUCCACAUUUAAUGGCUGCUAAUGGACCUGGCGUUGGUCCAGGAGGUGGUCCUCGAAUGCAAAAUCCAAAUAUACAAAUGGCUCAACGAUCAGAUGUGUUGAACGGUAAUCUUACGUACGGUGGUCCAGGUCAAAUGGCAAACAUGGUUGGCGGCAAUGUUGCUGUGGGACCCAAUGGCCCCUACGGCAAUGCGGUUGGCGGCGUUGGAAACUAUGGAGGGCCUGGUGGACCACAAGGUGGACUUAGCGUAAAUCCUAAUAAUCCACAACAACAACUUUUAGCACAGCAAAUGGCACAGCGUGCCGGUGUUCACCCUAUGCAACAGGGCAAUCGACCUGGUGUUCCCAUGGGAAUGGCUGGA